AUGCGCCUUGUCCCAGCACUAUUCGCGCCCGUGCUGGCAACAGGGGCGCUCGCCCGCUCGGUCUCGUAUCCGUUCGGCCAGACUCCGAUUGAUAAGCAAGGAAACGGUCAUCAUGGCCACCACAACAUAGACAUUGUAGGCUCGCCUGGCGACGAUGUCUGCCCUCUUCCACCAAUAGUCACCCCGCCAAAUGACGGCUUCCACUCCUCUCUUGACUUUGUCCAUGAUUCUUCCAUCCGCCAAAGACAGGUUGAGCGCUUGUCGCGUGUCGUCCAAGUGCCCAGCACUUCGACAGAGCUUGAGGAUGACCCGUGGAGCGACUACUAUGCUCCUUUCCUCGACCUUCACGAUGUUUUGGCUGAGUCGUUUCCACUACUUCACUCCUACGCCAAGCUCGAAAAGGUCAAUCGUCUUGGUCUUCUAUACACGAUCAAUGGAAGUAAUCCCGCGCUAAAGCCCAUGCUUCUUAUGGCUCAUCAAGACGUCGUCCCCAUUGACGAUCCAAAUGACUGGACCUACCCUCCCUUUUCUGGACACUUCGAUGGCCAAUGGCUGUGGGGACGAGGCGCCAGCGACUGCAAAAACACCCUUAUUGCCGAGUUAUCUGCGGUCGAAGAUUUGCUAAAGCAAGGCUGGACCCCAACACGUACUCUCGUGCUGUCCUUCGGUUAUGACGAAGAGUCUAAAGGCGAGAAGGGGGCCGGCCAUCUGGCUCAGCACCUCGAAAAUCGCUAUGGCAAAGAUAGCUUCGAGUUCAUCAUUGAUGAGGGUGGGAUGGGCUUGCUGCCUCUCGGUGAUAAGGUCUAUGCGGUGCCAGGUGUAGGAGAGAAAGGGGCAAUUGAUUUGCAUAUCGCACUCAGCAUUGCCGGUGGACACUCCUCCGUACCACCAGCACAUACGGGAAUCGGUAUCAUCUCCGAAAUCAUUUACCAUCUCGAGCGGGAACAACUCUUCACUCCUCGACUUGAUCUUUCUCACCCUGCUCGACACGGUCUCGCAUGUCAAGCGAAGCAUUCGGCCGAUUAUGUCGAGCCCUGGCUUUGGUCUGCACUAGAAUCAUCAGAUUUCGCUGGAUUAGCCGAGGCACUAGCUGCUUCACGAGGCGAACGCAUGCGAUUUCUGUAUCAAACCUCCCAGGCAGCUGAUCUCAUCAACGGCGGUGUGAAAAUCAAUGCACUUCCAGAAAAAAUCAACGCGACAGUCAACUACCGAGUUGCCUUGCACGAAAACACCGAUAUCGUCCGUCAACGGGCUAUUGACAUUAUUACCCCAAUCGCCAAAAGCCACAAUCUGACAUUCUCGGCGUUCGGCUCGGGCAAGACAGGCGAAUCAAACAAUCACAUCGACGUCUCUGAUUUCUCUCUCGCCCUCGAACCGGCCCCGAUCAGCCCAACAUCGCCAUCGGACGCAGUCUGGACGCGCAUGUCUGGCGUCACCCGCCAAGUUUUUGAGAGUAUACUUCCAUUCAACCAGACGGUGAUCGUCACCGGCGACGUCAUGACCGGAAACACCGAUACACGGUUCUAUUGGAACUUGACGCGUAAUAUUUGGAGAUUCAGUCCGAUGCGUUAUGGCGGGUCCGCUAACAUCCACACCGUUGACGAGAAGCUCGAUAUUGCGGUGCAUUUGGAGGGAAUAGCAUUUUAUUACGAAUUGAUCAGGGCGUUCGAUACAUGGGAGGAGUAA